UUGUCUAAACCUCUCAUAAGUACCACUAUCACUCAUAUUAUAACUAUGAACCCAUUAUAAUUAUAAUAGUAUAUGCCACUAUAAAUUCCGAAUAAAGUGACACAUAAGUGAGAGUACUGAAAGGUUGUUUACCCUGGCAGUUGUGUCUCUGAAUUCUAUAAUACUUCCAAUACUGUUAGACUUUGUUUUAAGUAAGAGCUGCUUUUGUCAUCCCAUCAUCAUAUCUCUCACUUCUCUCUGACUCUCUCUCCUCUCUAUUUUUCUACUUCAAAAAUGGAGGGUCUUCCCUCAGGUUACCGUCCGAACGUCGGAAUAUGUCUUAUAAACGACGAUAAUCAGAUUUUUGUGGCAUCAAGGUUAAAUGUCCCUGGAGCAUGGCAGAUGCCUCAGGGAGGUAUUGAAGAUGGUGAAGAUCCUAAGUCUGCAGCCAUCAGAGAAUUACGCGAGGAAACUGGGAUAACAUCUGUUGAUAUAAUUGCUGAGGCCCCAACAUGGCUGACUUAUGACUUUCCUCCUCCUGUGAAGGCAAAAGUGAAUCGCUUGUGGGGUGGAGAAUGGCAUGGCCAGGCACAGAAGUGGUUCCUUAUGAAGUUUACAGCAGAUGAACGUGAGAUCAAUUUAGCAACUGGAGAAGCAGAAACAGAAUUUUCAGAGUGGAAAUGGGCAACCCUUGAUGAGGUCAUUGAUCAGGCUGUAGACUAUAAGAGGCCAGUAUAUGAGGAAAUUAUGAACAACUUCAGGUCAUAUAUUGACAUCAACCCGAAAUCUGCUAAAUGCAAGUCAGCUAAGUGGUAAACUAUACAGCCUAAAAGUCUGUAAUUCACCAAGCCUUCUUAAUUUACCUUAUUAAAUCUUUAUGUAAAUCUUAUGUCAGUCUUCUGUAAAUUAAUAUAGAAGCUCUUUUUUAUUUUUUCAUUUGAGAAUUGACAUUGUGUAAAACUUAAUGUUUGAGGGAUUCCUAGACUGCUAAUGUUAGCGCAGCUCGAAAGUGUAAUUGAGGAUCUGUUCUCAGUUUUCAGUCAUUUGAUUCUGCUAGUAAUAUUACCAGAAAUGAAAGGAGUAAGAAUUGAACAAAAUUUCUAUCUACUGUAUUAGUUUCAAUAUGUAAGAGGGAACACCAAACAAGUGUUCAUUUAGGCAUUACAGAUUGAGUUGCAACUGCUGAAAAUUUUAGCUUGA